AUGCGGCGCAUUGCUGCUCUACUUGUGGCAUCGCUGCUACCACUUGCCGUCAUCGCCGACUCAGACAAGGGAGAUGACCAAAGCCCCAAGUUCUACAACUCAGCUCGCCAUGCAGCCGCGGACCCUCACGUCUUUUACGACUCUGAAAAGGGCCAGUACUAUGCGUAUUCCACCGAGGGGGCUGAUGAAGGAUACCACUUUGCGAUUUACAUUAGCCCUGACCUUUCGACAUGGAGCAAACAUCCUGGAGGCGUCUUAAAAGCUUGUUACGAUGAUCAGAUGAAACAGAUUGAUGGUGGUCAAGCUUGCUGGGCCCGAGAUUGGUACUGGGCCCCCGAAACCUACUACAACGAGAAAACCGGAUGGUACUUUUUCAUUUUCGCUGGUCGUUUACGGGAAGACCUGGCCAAAGACCAUUUUCGAUAUUCCAAGUUCGAAGAGCCUUCCAAGCUAGGAAUCGCCGUCUCCCGCUCGCCUACAGGGCCUUUCAACGAGAUUCGAUCAGAGCCAAUCGGCUACUACCCCUAUGAUCCGGAUUAUCACGACAUUAACCUGGUCAUGGAUGAUCAGCAAAUGCUGCCGCCAGAAAGUCUGGCCCAAGGUGAAGCUGCGCCAAAGGGCACAUACAUACCUACCAUAGAUCCCAAUAUUUUCUUCAAUAAUGACGGCCGGAUUUACUUGUACACCUCACGCAAUGCCUACCGAAAUUGGAAUUGGGACAGUACUCUGGGCAAAUAUAUCGAAGAAUCCAACAUCAUUGUGGUUGAGCUGGACCGGGAAUGGUGGGAUGACCCGUUUGCACGAACCAUGCCUGAGAUUGCGUCUUCUCAAAUAAACCUAAACGCGAACAAUGCUCCCGAAUUGCCGUCGAACAUCACCUCCUACAACGGCACUGGCGAGAUUGGAGAUCCUCCCCGCAAAGACGGUUGGAAGACAGUUAUCUCCUACGGCGCUGAUCCGCAAGAUUGGGAGAAUUACCACGUGGAUGAUUAUGUCAAGUUCAAUGGCACGAAGAAGAACCGCCGCUGGUCGGAAGGUAGCACGGUUAUCACACGAAACGGCAGUGACGACAAGUCAGUUUAUAUGCUGACGUAUAGUGCGAACAACUACGAAGCUUCCAAUUAUGGUGUUGGGUUUGCAACGGCAGAAUCACCGCUAGGGCCGUUCAAGAAAUCGUCUAAGAACCCUGUUCUUUCCCAAAAACCCGACGGAGAGUUCCCCAUCUACUCAACUGGCCACGGAAGUAUCGUGGCAUCACCUCCUCCAGACAUCAGAAUCAAAUUUGGCGCGCAAGAUGUCACCAGGAAAAGUUUGGAUGGUACGGAGCUUUUCUAUGUGCAUCAUGCACGUAAUGACACAACGAGGGACCGCUCUAUCUUCACCACACGCAUGAGCCUCAAUGAUUCGGCAAUCUUCAUUGGCUCUGACGAUGCAAUUAGCAUGAGUCUAACACCGCUUGACCAAGCCCUCCCCAAAGACACAUACCCGAUCAGCUUCCAAGUUAGUUGCUCCAGAGACCGAAGCCCCGGUGCCCGGUUUGACGUUCGCGUCAUGUCAAAAGCUGGGGCCUCAUUUGAUCUUAUGGAGGGAACAAACAGAGUAGUUUCUCUUCCUGGUGCCGUUCAGGCAACCUCCAUUGAACCCUCAAGACAGCGAGAUGGUGGGUACGUUCUAAACUUCAACACCACGUCAGUGAGGGAGCUGGCAUAUCAACGACUGAGUGUCGACGGUAACUGGGCGACAGUUGAAAGCAAGGAGAUCAGAUGCAAAACAACGCAGCGGCGUUUUCUGAAGCAGUCGUGA